AUGUCGUGGUCAAUAUUUCGGUCACGGUUUAUGGACAGGAUCGAUAGCUGCUCGCGAAGGAUAUUCACGUAAAAUAGAAAAUUAUGAACGACGAAAAUGCACGGCAAUAAUACGACUAUUUCGUUAAGAAGUUCGAAUCGAAUUCGACAUUAUGAAUAUCAGAAAUCAGAAAUGCGUCAGUAAGUUUUUGCUCUACCUGCGGAAAAUUCGCAGGCUAUAACUCUGCAAAGAGGAGUUGUCAGACUGAUCGGGUCCUGUGGAGAAAAUCUUUCGUAAAGCAUGAAAUGCGAAGAAACAGCCUUAAGAAUAAUACAAUUAGUCCAUUGACACAAAAAAUAAAGGCUCCUCAACAUCUGUUGAGGCUUAAAAACGAAGAGAAUGAGUUUGAUAAUGAAUGGAGUGGUUGUUUCCGGCUGCCUAGUUUAUCACGGCAAAAAUCAUGGAAGGAUGAUGAUAAUAUCUUGUCCAAUAGUGCAACAACAUCUAUCUCUUGGUCGCAGGAGGUGGAAGAUACAGCUACCCAGAAAUUGGAAGAACAGUGGACAAAUGUGGAAAGGACCUUCUACGAGGAAGAGAAUGAUCAGCUGCUUCAAGGAUCCGUUUUGGACGAAUGUAUACAAUGGAGAACACAGAUACCAUAUAUGAGAAUAAUUGGAAAAAAUUCAAUUUGCAAUAACAACGGUACACAACAUGAUAUUGGCUCUAAAGACGAGAGAAUGAAAAGAUUCAAUACUCUACAAAAUGAUAAAGUAUUUAUGGAGCAUAAUCUUUCAAUAAAGGAAGAAGAAGAUUCUAUACAAUACAAAUUAAAUAAAGCAAAAUUUGAAGAUGUUCUUGAUAUGCUGAUGGAGUAUGUAAUCACGAAGAUCAUUCCUAACAAAGAGAAUGAUACAGAUUCAUUGUGCGAAAGUCUAAGUAAUGCCCUAAAAAUAGCUCCUGCUCUUGUUCAUGGCAACAGAAAUUCAUCGAGAAACUCAAAAACAAAUUGGGCAGAAGAAGCAAUUUCUCCUAAUUAUAUUGAGAACAAGUCUUUAAGUAUACGAAAUCGAUUGCUGGAUACAGAAAGCUCUCUUCAGACAAUAGAGAAUGAUAUAAAUUAUCAAGAAGUUCAAAAGGAACAGCGAAAAUCAAUUUCUGCAAAUAAACCAAGAGACUUUGGUAAUAAGGAAGAUGAUGGCACAUUAAGAUCCAAGGAGAGAUUGUGUACACCGCAUAUAGGCAGAAAUAAGCUUGGCACUAUCUUCAAUGAGAGGGUUGUUGUGAGUCCUGUGCCCUUUGCAGUAUCCACACGAGAAAGCUUUUCUACGUUAAAUACUAUUCCCAUUAGAUUCAUGAAUGAAGAUUUGGAAAUUUCCUCCUUUCAAGGUGGUUUUCGUGGUUCUGCGAAGAAAUCGAGCGCUUUGAGAAAUUCAAAUAUUCAUUCCGCCUGGCAAGCUCCUGUCUGUCCUACCGUUUGGCCGAAAAAUAUUCGACUCGCGCCCAUAGAUACUUCGAGACUUCCUAAUAACAAAAAUAGGUUAUUGGCACCAUCGCCCACUAUCUUACAUUGCAACAGGAAACCAUUGAGUCCGAUUUCCAAGAUACCAAAAUCUGCUCACACGACUCGCGAUUGUUUGGAAAUUCAAGGAAAACACAUCAUUCCUUCGCAAUCAAAAAUCAGUUUGCUCUCAGCUGGCUGGGAUCAUAAUUCCAGAAUGAUCAAAAGCAAGAAAAAGAAACGGACAACGGAGGGUCUUUGAAAAAAAAAGAAAAAAAAAUGUUUAAUGCAAUAAAGUUGAAAGCGCUUUGAACACUUGCUUAUAAGAAAUAUAUUUUUCUAAAAUG